AUGUCCGCCCAAGUUGCUAAGGCCGAGAACCCCUGCCGAUCCCUUCGCUUGUCGAAGUUGGUCCUGAACAUCUCCGUCGGAGAGUCCGGUGAUAGACUUACUCGUGCCGCCAAGGUUCUCGAGCAGCUUUCCGGUCAGACCCCCGUCUACAGCAAGGCCCGUUACACCGUCCGUACCUUCGGUAUCCGCCGUAACGAAAAGAUCUCCGUCCACGUCACCAUCCGCGGUGCCAAGGCCGAGGAGAUCCUCGAGCGUGGCCUCAAGGUCAAGGAGUACGAGCUCCGCAAGCGCAACUUCUCUGAGACCGGUAACUUCGGAUUCGGUAUCAGCGAGCACAUCGAUCUCGGUAUCAAGUACGAUCCCGGCAUUGGUAUCUACGGCAUGGACUUCUUCGUCUGCAUGGACCGCCCCGGUGCCCGCGUUGCCAAGCGCCGCCGCUGCCAGUCUAAGAUCGGUGUCAACCACCGCAUCACCACCACCGAGACCAUGAAGUGGUACAAGACCAAGUACGAUGGAAUUAUCCGUUAA